AUGUUUCGUCUCCAAUUCACAGCCACGCGAACCCAAAUCGCAUCCUAUCUUUUCGGCGUCGCGCUCUUCAGCAUCAGCUUCCUCGUCUUCCUGAACAGUUCCAUAUCCUUCGUUAUCACCCAGCGCAUUGGCCAGUCGCAUAAUGUUGGCGAUGCGGUCGGUACGCUGGGCUUUGCAGAUGAGCUGGUUGCGCUGGUGGCAUGUCCAGCGUGGGGCUUGCUGAGCGACAGAGUGGGUGUGAGGAGCGUUGCGGUACUCGGGUAUAGCAUUGUCGGGGUUGCGCUCUGGGUGUUUGUGCAGGCCAAGAAUGUGUACCCCGAGUUGCUGCUUGCGAGAAUUCUGUUCAGUGUGGGUGGGACUGCGACCGCGACUAUGGUUACUGCGAUCUUGCCUACUAUGACUAUCGUCAGAGAUGUUAAGCCCGAUCCGCGGUCACCGAACCUAGACCGUGACAGGACACAUGCGACUGUUGCCUCGAUAUCGUCGGAACUUACUGUUACGCCUGCGCGCUUCCGGUCAAGCUCUCCAGAGGACUAUACGCAAUCGCAGCCAGCGAAUAGAGAUACCAGCGCAUCUACGUCGCAAAUCGCUGGCUUGGUUGGCACAUUCACAGGAUGCGGCGCAUUGGUCGCGCUCCUCGUGUUUCUUCCACUACCAACAAAGUUCCAAAACGCCGGCGAGGGACCCGCCCAAGCAGUCGCAGAUUCUUUCUAUGUUGUUGGCGCAAUCGCACUGCUCGUAGCCCUGGGCUGUUUCUUCGGCCUGCGUGAACUCCCCGGUGAAGAAGGAAAAGGCUGGAAACGCCUUAUCCACAAGGGCGACCACAAAGACGUCGACUCCCACCUCACUCGCGACGUCGUACUAUCUUAUCCUCGUCUCUUCCUCGAAAGUGUCCGCCUCGGCUUCACCUCCCCCAACAUCGGACUCGGCUAUGUAGGAGGCUUCGUCGCGCGCGCCUCCUCCGUCGCUAUUUCUCUCUUUAUUCCCCUCUUCACAAACCACUACUUCCUCGCAACCGGCCGCUGCAAAGUUGACUCCAACAAUCCCUCUGAUAUCAAAGUCGCAUGCCCAGAAGCCUACAAGCUCGCCGCCAUGCUGACGGGAAUAAGCCAACUCAUCGCCCUCCUCUCCGCCCCCAUCUUCGGUUUCCUCUGCGGCCGCUUCCCACGCUACAACAUCCCACUCAUAGUCUCAGCCGUGGCGGGUAUAGCAGGCUACUCCGCCUUCGGCUCGCUUACAAGCCCAGACUACAAAAGCAGCGACGGCACAGGCGCAAUCUUCUUCAUCGUGGCCCUCCUCGGCAUCAGCCAAAUCGGCGCAAUAGUGUGUUCGCUUGCUCUCCUUGGCCGCGGCAUCAACAAUGAUGAAGCCCCUUCUUCUCCGUCACACUUGCGCUCCCCGUCUCGAGCUGCUAGUAUGCAUGGAACUACGAAUCACCCUUCUGCCGGCGCUACGCCACCGCAUAGCCGGCCCAUUACUCCCGUAGAUGAAACUGCUUCUUUGCUCCCUGAGCAUUCUCGCAGGGCUUCGCUCGCGGGCAUCGCACCGCAAUCUUCCUCGCAUAAUCACAUCAAGGGAUCCAUUGCGGGCACGUACAGUCUCCUUGGUGGCUUUGGCAUUUUGCUCCUAACGAAGGCAGGGGGCGCGCUGUUUGAUAGUACGGGACCGGGCUCGCCGUUCUAUAUGAUGGCGGCGUUUAAUGCGAUCUUGGGAGUUGUUACCGUGGGGGUUACUGGCGUGCAGGGUGUGAGGAGGUGGAGGGAGGCGCGCAAGUCGGAGCAGAGGUGGGGGUUGGGGAUUGGGGGGUUGGAGAGCUAA